AUAAAGAAUUCGAAGAGAUUGUCGAGGGACAAAGAGAAAUUGAAGUGACAGCAUCAGAAGGAAAAUCAUUGCAAGAAAAUAGGGUCAUAACUGUGCGCAACAAAUCCUUGACAUUUGAUGUAGAUAAAGAAUUCGAAGAGAUUAUCGAGGGAAAAAAAGAAAUUGAGGUGAAAGCAUCAGGAGAAUCAUUGCAAGAAAAUAGAAUCACAACUGUGCGCAAAUCCUUGACAUUUGUUGGAUUGUUUAAAGGCCCAUUUUAUAGAAAGAUGGCGUUAAUUUGUCUGGGUUUGUCAGCGUUGCAACAGUUGUGCGGGAUUAAUGGGAUCAUUUUUUAUAGUACUGCGAUCUUUUCAAAUGCCUUUCAUGAAAAGGCGAAAUAUGCAACUCUUGGAAUAGGUGCCAUAAUUGUAAUCGCCACUGCUGUUUCUCUCGGACUGAUUGAUAAGAAAGGACGAAGACCACUUUUGCUCUCAUCCGAACUCGGAAUGUCUGUCUGUUCGAUUCUUAUUGUCUUUGGAUUCUUGUUCAAAAUAAAUGCUCUCGUCAUUGUCGCCGGCAA